AUGAGUUGCAGGACACUCGUCAGAAUCGUGUUUAUUUUCAUAUUGUUGCAACAUUCGUUAGAAGCGACACGAAUAUCUAAUUGUUACGUGAACAUUACUUCCCAAGAAAUUAACCCAACUCUUGCUGAUAAUAUCUACCAUGUUCAAAGAUCAAUAACAAUUGUCGAUUUUCUUCAAACGUUAUCCAUAUUGUUGAUUAUCAUUCAAACUUCGGAUGAUAUAGAACAAAUCAUAUACACUAUCUUGCGAGUUGGUCUACCUUCGAAGUCACAUCCUACGUUAAGUCGUGUGAUGCCACCGUCGUCAACGGAUGAUGAAUAUCCCAUGGUUGCUGUACAAUUACCAAUGAUGAACGAAAAGGAGUUUUGUAUUUCAAUGAUAACGUGUGCUUGUAAUUUAGAGUGGCCAAAAGAUCGUUUGAUUAUUCAGGUACUGGACGAUUCGACGGAUGAGACAGUUAUGAAAAUGAUUGAUAUGUGUGUAGAAGAAUGGUCAAGUCGAGGGUUUCAAAUCGAUGUUGUUCGACGUGACGAUCGAUACGGUUUCAAAGCAGGAAACUUGAAAAAUGGCCUCGAGAAGAUUCAACAAUGUGAAUACAUUGCAUUAUUCGAUGUUGAUUUUCUACCCGAAAAGAACUUCCUAGUAAAAACAGUGCCUCUUCUUUUGCAAGAUCCGAAAGUGGCCUAUGCCCAAGCACGAUGGAUAUUCACCAAUGGAAAAGAGUCACUAUUAACACAAAUGCAAGAGAUUUCUCUCAAUCAUCAUCAUAAAUGCGAACAAGAAGUCAAAUAUCGCAUGCAUUCUUUUUUUCAAUUCAAUGGAUCUGCUUGUGUUUGGCGAACGAAAGCCAUUCACCAAUGUGGAGGUUGNCACCAAUGGAAAAGAGUCACUAUUAACACAAAUGCAAGAGAUUUCUCUCAAUCAUCAUCAUAA